CGAACUUGCGACAUUACGACGUCCGCUUGAUUUCACCAGGUUGCGUUUCCGUCUCGCAUAUUUCCCUAAGCGGCAACUCACCGCCAACGCCGCGCGGUAUAUUCGACGUAUGCGGAGCGAAAGCAACUGGUGCUUCCUCAGUGCUUCAUAGUUGCCCGGAGAAUUUCAUCCGUCUUCGUUCGAGCGUGGUGGGGCUGCCGCCGUUCGGCGAAACGCGGAGAGCGGCCAACAUGACACUGCUGGCGGUCAUCGUGUCCUGGGACUGGCGCUUGUUGACAACGACGCUGGUCUUCCUGACCACUUAUUACGUGGUGCGCUUCUACCACAAGGUCUCCAAAUACCCGAAAGGACCAUUCCCACUGCCUAUCGUCGGAAACCUCUUGACUCUGGCCAAGGAAAAAGAGCUCCACAAGAAAGCCGCCGAAUGGUCAAAGUACUACGGAGACCCGUUCACUCUGUGGAUGGGCUCUCGGCCGAUGAUCGUGCUCAAUGGGUACGAAGUCAUCAAGGAAGGAUUCGUCGAGAGGCGCCAUGAUUUCGCCGGCCGUUUUGCGACGAAACUCGGCGAUAUUCAGAGACACGAUGACCAUGACAUCGUAUUUGAAGACUACAACGCGACAUGGAAAGUCCUUCGCAAGGUAGCUGUCACGGCUGUCAGAAAGUAUGCUGUGAGCGAGUCCCUGGAGAAGCUGUGUACAGAGAUUGUGGACGCCUACGUUGACUCAUUGGACGAUGAGCCCCUGACAGUCGACGCCAGAGACCCUGUCAUGUUCAUUAUCAUCAACAUACUCUCCGUAUCAGCCUUCAGCGCCAAGUUUGACGCCAAGAGUGCUGACCUCAAUCGCAUAAUGACCAUCAACCGUACUUUCACGGAAGUGGCACCCAACGGACUGCCGAGUGACAUUGCCCCCUGGCUGGGCAUCUUGUACCGUGCGCGGGAAAAGAAGUGCGAGGAUUUGUUCAUGGAGAUGAGAUCCAUCGUCAACAGAAUGUACGCCGCAGCUAAGAAGACCUACGAGCCGGGAAAGGUACUGAAUUUCACCCAUGCCAUGCUGUCUGCAAGAGACGAAGCCCUGGAACAGGAGAAAAGCGAUGCCGAGUUUUUGACCGAAGGAAACAUGAUUCAGAUUCUCAUCGACAUAUUCGGAGCUGGCACUGACACAUCGAUCGGUGAGCUGCAGUGGCUUCUUCUCAAGAUGUCUCGAGAGCCGAGCAUUCAAGAAAAGAUAAGGAAGGAAAUCGACGAGAAUAUAGGUCAGUCUCCGCCGACGAUGAAGGAUAGAGAGAGACUGCCGUACACUGUGGCCUGCAUCAUGGAGACGCUUCGUUUUUACCCAAUCGCACCUUUCGGCCUACCGCAUAAGACGUCGCAUGAUUCGGAGAUCGCCGGUAUUCCGAUCCCCAAGGACACAAGAGUGAUGUACAACGCGUACAACGUCAACCACGAUCCCAAGCUUUGGGCGGACCACGACGUGUUCAGGCCGGAGCGGUUCUUGGAUCCAGUCACGGGAAUGCUCAUGUCCAAGGACCGCCUGCCGCCCCUCCUCAGCUUCGGCCUCGGACCUCGGUCGUGUCCCGGCGAGAAGUUGGCGCAGGCAGACAUGUUCUACGUGCUCGUACGGCUCGUGCAGCGACUCAGCGUCGCAGCGCCCGACGGCGAGACCGGACGAGAAGUCCUGCCCAUGGGAAACAGUUUUUUCCUCGUCGCGGGUCGCCAGAACGUCGUUCUUACGAAGAAUCGUUGAAGGUCGUAUCGUGUCGAAGAGCAGUGCACAUCGAGACAUCGAACUCGCUGAUAAUCUGCUGCCAUCUUGUGUUGAGAUAAAACGGAGUGCAACGAA